AUGAAAGCAUAUAGGGCUAAGUGCAUAGCCAAGAAGCAUGUCGAAGGAGACUAUGCUGAACAGUAUACAGUCUUGAGGGAUUAUGCUCAUGAACUCAUCCAACAAAAUCCAGGUACAACUGUUAAGAUUGAGGUUGAUGCUAAUCCAAAUCCAGGGGAUAAUACCAGACAAUUUAGAAGGAUAUAUGUGUGUUUGGCUGCAUUAAAGCAGAGGUUCAAAGAAAUUGGAAGGGAUUUCUUAGGUCUAGAUGGUGCAUUCAUGAAAGGACCAUUUCCAGGGCAACUGUUAAGUGCAGUGGGUGUUGACUGCAACAAUGGGAUAUACCCUGUUUCUUAUGCAAUAGUGGAAUCUGAAAACAAAGAGUCAUGGACUUGGUUCUUAGAGAUUUUAGGUGAUGAUCUUGGUUUAGGCACUUACUCAAAUUUUACUUUCAUAAGGAUACUUCCUGCAAUCUCAAAACUGUUUCCUUGUGUUGAGCAUCGAUACUGUCUUCGCCACAUACAUGAAAACAUAAAAGUUACUUUCAAAGGAGAUCUUUACAAGGAAAAGCUUUGGAAGUGUGCUUGUGCAACAACAGUCCCAGAAUUAGGCAUUGCUAUGGAUGAGUUGAAGGCUUUCAACAAGAAAGCUCACUUAUGGUUGUCAAAGAUUCCUCCUUUACAUUGGUCAAGGGCUUAUUUUUCAGGGAGGGCUGUGUCUGAUAUAGUGCUUAAUAACAGGUGUGAGGUUUUCAAUGGAAAGAUAGUAGAAGGCAGGGACAAGCCUAUCAUAUCAGCCCUUGAAUACAUAAGGGAGUAUCUAAUGAGGAGAAUAGUAACUGUGUUGAACGUGAUAGAGAGAAGUGAAGGCUUGCUUACACCCAAGGCAACAGAACUUUUUGAAGGGAUCAAAAGAGAUGCAACCGCUUACCAUGUUCAGUGGAAUGGGGGGGAUUUGUAUCAGGUUAGUGGAAAGCCAAAUCAUGCACGUGUAGUGAAUUUGGCUGCAAGGACAUGUAGUUGCAGAGCCUGGGAAAUAACAGGAAUGCCAUGCAGACAUGCUGUGGCUGCAAUUUGGGAGAAAGCUGCUAAUGGGGGCAGGAGGUGGAAAGAGGUGUACUCUUUUAGGGUGAACCCUAUCAAUGGUAGGACUUUAUGGACAAGGGUAAAUGCUCCUACAAGGAUUACACCCCCAAAACAUCACACCCAGGUUGGUAGACCCAAGAAAUUAAGGAAAAGAUCUGCUGUGGAGCUUGAAGAGAUGACCCAAUCAGGAAGGCUGUCCAAAAAGCACACUAAAGGUGCAUGUUCAAAGUGUAAGAAGACUGGACAUAAUUCCAGGACUUGCAAGGGUCAAGGUGAAGCUGUCAAGACUGGCAAAUCAGGGAAGAGUGGCAAUGCAGGGAAGAAAAGGAAGGCAGCAGCAAAGUGA